CGGUAGAGAUUUGUUGAACGCCGCACUUUUCUUUGUUCUUAUUUUUCUCCCCGCUAUCAAUUUCUCUAUUCCAUGGUGUUCUUCCCUCCGACUUUCUCUUUGGCUUCCCUUCAAUUUCUCUUCCCUUCAUUCUUGGAUGACACGAUUCCAAUUUUCCAACUGAAAUAGGAAGAAACACGAUGGCAAAUGUGCUGGCUUCUUAAAGGGUCGAGACAAUGAGGUUAAAUGUUUUGAACGGAAUUUGCAUGUGGGGAGAUCGGCUCCAAGGCGAUCUAGUCGACCUCAGUUGCAUCUAGGGUUCCUGGUUCCCAACAGUUAAUUAAAGGUUCAAACACAUAUUGAAUACUCUAUAACUUGUAUUUCUUUAGAUAUGUUCUAAUUUUAUCAUGUUCUUUGAUAUACUGUAUCUCAAUAAAAGCUUAAUUUUAAUUUGUGACAUCUAUUUAGGGUCAAAAUGGUUAAGGUUACAGGUAGUUGCUGUAAACUAAGUUGAUUGGAAUGGGCUUAGACUUGGUAUUCCUAUAUUCCAAUGAUUGUCCAAAUAUUAGAAUUCAAGUGAGUUAUUUCUCAAUGAAACUAUUAUUGUCUGGUUUUGUGUAUGUUGCUUAAUUAGUUUUCAUUUCAGAUUGAGGCUUCAAGCACUGGAAUAAGAGGUGGUCAAGCUAUUAUUAAGAGAGUGUGCUUCAUCUAUCUCAUUUAAACUAUUACUACAUAUUAAAAAAUAGUUUUGAUUUGCUUUUUAAAAGAAUACUCUAUAUUAAGUCUAUGGUGCAGGUAUGAAGUGCAUGGAUGGGUCCAGAUUAUGCUAGUAUGAACAUUAUUUUUAUCAAAAAGUUUUUCACUCAUCCACUUGAAGACUCCGCUUAGAACAACGUAAACAGGAAGUUUGCUAACCGCAGAGGUAUUCUUAAUUCUUCUAUAAUUGUUAGUGUUAGUAGUGUUUAAGUUUUAUUAUUCCAAUAACUUUGAUAUUGUGGAAAUGUUAUUAUAUCGUGUACUUUCAAAUCUAUACCAAAUUAUAAAAUGAAUCAUAAUCUUAUAUCAUUUAUUAUAUAAAUACAUCCCUACUAUGACCUUUACUCUAAUAUUCUUCUAUCAUUUAUAAUCUUUAAAUACAAAGCUAAAGUUUUUGUUGCUUAACUUUCAACUAAUAAUAAUGUUGUGUUUAGGUUGGCUUAUAUGUAAGUGUGUCACAAGGUAUCCCACUUCUGUAAUACUUAGUUUUUUUUGUAAAACUUUAAGAAAAGGCAUUAGAUAAUGAGUGAGGAAGCACUAAAGUAAUUUGGAAGAACUUAGUAAGGCAUAUAACCAUCUCUUCCCUUGCUUCAGACUCUGGUCUGGUUGAGGCCAGGGGAAUUUGGAGAAGACAACGAACUGGGACAAGACUCCCAGAGUUGGGACAUCUACUCUUUUCUUUUUUUCAGUUAUUUUUAUAUUGGAUUUUAGGAGGGAAAUGAGUUGUCUCAUAGUUUUGUUUUUAGCUAGUAGAUCCUUUUGAACAUUUUUGUUGCCUUUUUGGCUAUUGAUAGUUAAUCUUAAGUAUAACAACUUUUGUUAAUUUUUUGUCUCUCCUGUUUUUACUUGAUUAUACUUGUGUACUUUGUACUCUUUUUUCAUCAAUAAUAUUUUUUUUUUCAUCCCUUGAUUCUGCAAACUAGCAGCUGCUUCAAAUAGGGAAGGCUACGAUUAUGAGUUCGGUAGAUAGCAUACUCAUAAUGGCACUAAAGUGCUUCUAUAAUCGUGGUUAUUGGCUCUUUUAAUUUUUUAUGACUUACGCUAUUGUAUUUUCUGUUGUUGCUCUUUUAUUUUAUUGUUUCUGUAUUGUGAUAAACUAAAGUUGGUUGUUUAAUGGUGCUACUGCUCUAUGUAGUUGAUCUGUCUACUAAGUUUUGGCUUUAGUUGAAAGAUUUUAGCGGGGGAGCUCUAAAGAACAAUUUUGUAUGAUGGCCUAGGAUCUAACUACAGGUUGUCUUGAGGAAAUUAUCUGGACUGGUUUACCCUUCUCCCUUCACUAAGAGAAUUCAUACUUAACUUAUCCAAAAUGUAUUUCUUGAGUUUAUCUAUUGGAAGAAAGAAAUUGGUUUAGGAUUACAAUUUCAGGUUUAGUAACUCCAUUUUGGGUAUGACCAUUGGAAUGAAAUUGAUUUGGGAUUGCCAUUUUAGGUUUAGAAAUUCUAUUUUGGAUAUGAACAUAAACAUUGUUCCUAAGCUGUCAAGUUAGGAUCUCUUACAGGUUUUUGGGUUGGUGUUUCUCAUCAAAUCAGAUGUUGUUCACUACUCCGGCAUUCGAAGAAAGAACACACAUCUAUUAUACUCUUAGUAUGCAGUAAUGUUAAAUGGCUAGAAUGUUUAUUAUUAGUUUACAAAAACUUGAAGUUAAUCCUGCUCCUCUUGCUUCGUUGGAUCCCUAUAUUUUGAACAGGUUAAUGCUGUGAAGACUUGGUUUCAUUUAUGAAACUAAGACUGUCAAUUCUUGUAUAAAGGGGGGUUAAUGUUAUGCACGCAAGUUUGAGUUUGUAUACAACUCCCAUAGGUCUUUGCAAAAGAUGUUCAUCAGUAGGUCUGGGUAUCUUAAGAUAUGGCCAGGGGUCUACACCUACGAAUGCUGCAAAUUGAAGUUGACACUUUGGUUAAGUAUUCCUAGUUUAAUUUUUUGUACUGUGUAAUAUUUAAGGUGUUGGGUGGGCUUAGAACUGUGUAAUAAUGUAUUUCGAUCGUUGUCUUUCUGAAGGGCUUUGACUCACAAUCAAAGUAAAAAAAAAAAAAGUGGCCGACGCUGAAUAACGUUUCCUUCAUCAAUCAUAAAUGACCACAGCGUAGCUAAUAGCAACACGAAUCCUUGAAUCAGUAAAGAAAUUGAAUGCUUCUCAGCUUGUGGAUAUCAAGAGUAUGAAAGUGACCUGACCUCCCCCCUAUAAAUCUCAAGAACCCAUUAGUUAAUAACAGGAAAUUCGAUUUCUUUUCUGAAUUUCUUGAGAGGGAUAGAGCGUGAUGUCAAGGAGAUCUGGGAAUUGCUUAAGGUGCUGCCUGGUGAUCUUUGCUGUGGUCUCAGCUCUGUGUGUGUCUGGGCCUGCCCUUUACUGGAAAUUCAACAAAGCUCUAAAGAUCAAAUCCUCUUGCCCUCCUUGCAAAUGUGACUGCUCUCCACCUCUUUCCAUUCUAGAUGUUGCUCCUGGUCUGGCGAACCUCACAGUUAAAGACUGUGGGAGGGACAACCCGGAUCUCAAGGACGAGAUGGAGAAGCAGUACGUAGAUUUGGUGUCGGAGGAGCUAAAGCUGCAGGAAACAGUGGACAAAGAGCGCGCCCGGCGCAUGAACAUCACAGUCACGGAAGCCAGAAGGUUGGCUUGGGAGUACCAGCAGGAGGCCGAGAAGUGUAAUACGGCAACCGAAACAUGCGAGGUGAGGAGAGAGGGAGCCCAAGUUCUGCUGGCCAAGGAGAAGAAGUUGUCUGCUCUGUGGGAGAAAAGGGCACGCCAAUUGGGCUGGUCUGGGAAUCAACACUAGACUAGACUAGACUACCUUUGGUUUUUGUAUCUUUAAUUACAUGAAGGGUGUUUGUUUACUUGUAUGUAGUGAUUUAAGUGAAUAGAAUAGUAGAACAUUUAUUUCUUUAAUCAUUGAUGCAUUAUAUGAGAAAUCCAAAUGUAUGUAGUACAUCUGUGUCAUUUUUACAGUUUUUAAAUGAAUAAUGUUCAUUAUU